CGACAUCACGAAUGAAUACCAAUGCCUCGGUCUAUUUCUUCUUGGUAUUAACUGAGUUGAAACGAGCUUGAACCUGAGGGAGAAGCCAGUCGCGUGUGCUCCAUCACUGGAGAACCUAUUUCUGUGGAUUCAACUACCGCGGAGGGAUUUGAGAAAAUAAUUGGAGCCGACCGGCGAGAAGAUUAAGAACCAAAAAAGUAUCACCUGCAGACCUCAACAAACGAAAGGAUAAAAAUAAACAUUUGGAUUUUCCAAGUGCUCAUUCUGACCCAUUUCCGUUCUUUCGAGGGGAAAUAAAUAGCAAGGGGUGGGCAUUGGGGAUGGCUGAGUGUCUGGAGUCGACGUACAAUCCGGAAGUGGUGGAACAUGUUCGCAAGGAACAAGAACGUCGGGUUGUUCAAGAGGGAACUACCAUGUGGAAGAAACGAAAGGCGGAGUUGCAGCAUCAGAAGCAUCGCGAACAGCGUGAAUUGCGGCAGAUGCAGGCGAACUACUCGCCCUGGGGUAAGCCGGGGGGUGGAGCACCCUGUGAGAGAGCUUUGAGGAAGAAGAAUGUCCAUCUUGAACCACUGGGGCCACCAAGAAGCAGUGGACAUGGUCAGCUGGCGAGGCAAUACUACCCAUGGGGACGACCUGGUCCUGGUGGUGCGCCAUGGAGAGAUCCAAGGAUGCUUGGUGUGCGAUUCCUCGAGUCCAUGGGAUGGACGACAGACUCUUUUCUCACUCGAGUCCGUGGAAAAGAUGUAAUUGACCCACUGGCAUUCACGGACUCUAAUAAAUUCUUCGAUGCACGUGCCAGAGCAGGAAUAACUCCAGACCCUCACCCCUCAUCCCCGAGGAAUCCAUUCAACGAAGAAAUGCAGGUGUACAAAUUAACCGGAGGGGUUGAACUAGUGCCCCUGCUAACAACAAGAAGACACUACUCUCAUCCAUCGUGUACAAGAUAUUUAACGACUGAUGCGACGAGACCUGGCUAUACCAUAGACAGUCUGCGGUCACUGAACAUUGGAAAUCGUGAACACAUCACUGCCCUCACCGAGCAAAUUCAUCGAAAACGGGAGAGAGCACUGGAGGAGAGGAGGAUGGAGCAGGAGGGCUGCAGAAGGCAUUUUGACACUUGGAAAAAGCUGUGGGGUAGACCAGGUCAUGGAGCACCAAUGGACCACUACUACAGGACCGAUUUGCAUAGUAUAUUAUACCGAAUGCCAGUAUAUUAGAAUCUAUUGACGACGAAACCGACGUACAUCAAAUCUAUAGAGAAAGUAAAAAGAAUCGGAGGGGAUGCUCAGGUGGAUCUCCUCCAUCACUCCGGGGAGUGAUCGACCAGUAUUGCCUGCAAUUUGCUUAAUGACCGGUGAUAUGUUGAUUGAGCAUGGAAACAGCGAGGAGAGGAGUGCGAGGUCCUUGUCAAGGACAUAAUGGACAGAGUCCGUUUAAUUAAUGGACGUUUCCCAAUUUGUUCGGAUGUUUAGGGUCGACCCAUCCCCAAUACCACCAAUUCCACCUCUGAGUAAUUCACUUUGCGAGCAAAUUAGAGGUGUUGUUGUACAUUACUGGCUGCAUUUGUUCUCGGUGGAUUUUCCAGAUGUUUACAGUCUUCAAGGGAAUCGUCUGUAAACAAAGUUGGUGGGAAAUUUGAAGGGGGAGACGUGACUCUUUAGAUUCCUGUUUAGAUUUUCAACCUCGAGACUACAUGAGAGGAAAAUUCACGAAUAAAAUUCUCUGGGAAUUCUGUCAGUCCGUGAAAAUAGUGAAAAUUCAGGUCAUCAUUUGAUUGAAUUCUCAAGACCAGUGGGAAUUCUAUGAAUUACAUUACACGGAGGGAAAUUUAUUCAGGAAAUUAUCAUAACCGAUAAUAUUCGUGUAGCAAACUAGUGCUGUUAGAUUUUUCCCUGGAAGAUGGACGUCUGGAGAUCGAGAUGAAAUUCACACGAUGUUGAGUAAAGAUUCUGGGAAAAGUUUUAAUUUUUUCCAAAUUCUCAGCUAAAAAUUCCUAAGCCGCCACUUUGCUAUACGAUUACUGUUCUUCAUAGCAAUUUUUUAAAUAAUUUUCCUCAGUGCAUGGAGAGGAAUGUUUAAUACAAAUUACAAUACUGCCAAGUAAAUUUUCAAAUGAAAUACCGUAAUUUUUAUUGAAUAUUUCUCUCCAGGUGAAUGAAAAUGAAUGAACUUUGAGAAUUUAGUGAAUGAUAAAUAGAUAACGAAAUAUCCAAGAGUGCAAUAACGAUCGUCUCGAGUAUUCCCCAAGGGAACUCUGACAAUCAGAAGAGGGAAGACUGGAGUCCUCUCAAAGAUCCGGAAGUACCGGAUUUCAUUCUCCAUUGUCCGAUCCAUUGUCCACUGUCGGAGUGGGUUUGUGUUAGGUGAUUCAUUUUCAACAAAAUAUCAGUUGCCGCAGUACUCCAGUGGAUUCAACAAUCCUAUAAAAUCCUAUAAAAACUCGGCUUGCCAUUGUGAAGAAACUGGGUCGCAGUCACCCAGUAGAAUUCACCAAGUGGAAAGGGUAGAAAUACAAGGAUUUCGUCCCCCUUUUUUGGGGGGAAUAAAAAAAUAUUGAAACGAGACUCAAUCGUCCCUGACCCACCUCACACUGUCAAUGGAAUGGCAGUCCCAGGUGAUGCUGUGUUUUUGAUAAUUGAACACCAAUUUUACGAGCUUCUCCCGGUUUUACAGUUUCAUUUUUUAUUGGUGAGUCGGUUGUAUCUGUCUUCUUUCACCCCCUUUUAUUCAUUCAUUCGUUCGGUGGAAAAUUGCUACAUUCCGGGGAAAACUCACCAUUCGAUGAUUGUGUAUUCCGAUUGCAUUCAAUUCGUUGCAACUAGAAUUCUCCGAUUUUUUUUUUCCAAACAUUUUAUCCCCCGCUUUUGCAAUUCAGAUAUCGUUUUUCAUUCUUUUAAUAUUUGACGGGGACGAAGCGUCCAUUGUUUCUAACGAAAGGUACCUAUUUAUUGGAGAUAGCGUGGAAUUAAAAAAGGAGAAAAAACGAAAACUGGCGUUUCAAGAGAAUAUAUUCAAUUUCCACUGGGAAAUAUCUAUUGUUAAAUUACGUACCUGCAAUUGUAUGGAGGAACAUCAAUAGAAGAUUAAUUUCUAUCUUCGUACGUGAAUUAUUCCAUCGAAAUAGUUUUUUAAUCGAAAAUCGAAUCGGUUCUUUGAUUAAACUGUUCUCCUCGGUGAUAUUAUCCAGAAUUACUGGGAAUAUUCCACUUGCUAGUUACGAACGCACAAGAAAAAUACAUUCCUCUCCCACGGUAUAUUUUAUUCUUCCUCUCCAAUUUCAAUUCCCAACAUAAAUUUGCCGUUUUCUUCUUUUAAUCAGCAAAGACUAAAUGAUAAUAACGAGACGAAAUGAAAGUUGAAAGAAGCUGCGGUAGCUUUGCACCGAGCUAAAGCUACUUCCAGCAAUGAAACUUAAAUAAUGGAUGGAGAUGAAUAAAAAUAAAAAUGAGAGUUACAUGGGAGUCUUUACUCUUCUAUUUAUCCUUUCCAUUGAGUCACACCUAACUGGAGGGUUGAGACAGAAUGGAAUAGAGGCUCGAGGAGUAAAACGAUGGGAGUGAGUCGAGUUAAUGGAAAAAAGAUCAAGCUGGAGAUUCUCUUGGCACUGACACUCUGUAUUUUAACGAUGAAGGAAACUCUUGCCAGUUGGUGGACUGCGGA